UUCGUGCUGCGCGGAACCGGUAAGUCAUUGGUAACAAAAUUUGGGCUCGCAGAAGUGCACUUUUCGCGACUCGGAAGUAGUCACACAAACCGCACUCGGCAGAAAUAUGGCCCAGCUUAAGAAGAACGGAACAUCGCCCACAGUGAAAGCGUAUCUUAUCAUCUACAAUUCGACGCAGUUGGCUGGAUGGUCGUACAUUUUUGUUCAAUUCGUAGCGCACUUUCUGCUGCAUGGUCAUGGAUUGGACACACUGUGGCGCGAGGUGGGAAGCGCAACCUUCUUUUUUCAAAUGCUUGCUACACUCGAGGUGUUGCACGCAGCUACGGGGAUAGUGCCGAGCAACGUACCAGUGACGUUCCUGCAGGUUUUUGGCCGGUGUAUGGUUGUAGCCGGAGCCAUCAAUGGAACCCCGACCGGCCAGCAAUCACCAGGGCUACCGUUGGCAUUGUUCUGUUGGAGCUUGACCGAGACUAUACGUUACGGCUAUUACGUUGCCCAUCUGUUACUGGCUAGCGUACCAUGGGUACUGGUGUGGCUUCGAUACACUAUCUUCAUUCCCAUGUAUCCAUGUGGAUUCAUCGGAGAACUUCUGUGCGGUUACUGGGCCCAGAGCUACAUUGGUGAAACGAACAUGUGGAGCCUGAAACUGCCAAAUGCGGCAAACUUUACAUUUUCUUUCUACUACUUCAUCUGGAUAAUGGCCAUCGGCUAUCUGCCAAUGUUCCCAAAAAUGUACCUCUACAUGUUUUCACAGCGACGGAAGAUACUUGGAAGGGGAGCUGCUGUUUCUGCGGAGAAAUCUAAUUGAGAGUGAAGUAAUGAAAUGGACGUUUUCACACAGUCAAACUAAUGUAUUGUGUUAAAUAAAUUUUGCUGUUUUUAUUCCUUCAACA